AUGGAUGAGCGGUUGCGGGAGCUACGGCUGCAGGAGGAGAGAACCUUCCUGCAGAGCAUGGUGCGGGAGGAGGCCACAGAGCAGCCCCCUGGCCGGCGGGACAGCCGGGCACCAGCCAUCGUCCCUGAGCCUCUCCCCAGCGAUGUCACCCUCUGUGCAUCCAAGAGCCCCAAGUCGCCCAGGGACCUACGCCUGAUCGCAGAGGCGGUGGGACGCAGCCAGUUCCUGCGACGCUUGGGUGAGGGCUGCCCCGAGGCACUGGCCCAGAGCUUCUCUGCUGUCCAGCAUGGCCCUGGGGACACGGUGCUGGCCGAAGGUGACGAGGGCACUGCCAUGUACAUCGUGGCAGAGGGGCAGCUCAGCGUGAGCCAGCGCGGGCUGCAGCUCCGCACGCUGCAGCCAGGUGACGUUUUCGGGGAGCUGGCCAUCCUCUACCACUGCAAGCGCACAGCCACAGUGCGGGCGCUCGGCCCUGUGCGCCUCUGGGCCAUCGACCGGCAACAGUACCGCACCAUCGCCACCAGCAAUGCCAAGCGGAGACGGGCUGAGCUCCUGGGCUCCCUGCAAACGGUGCCUUGGCUACGGGACCUAUCCGACAGCCACCUCUGCAAGCUGCUGGAUGCCAUGGAGGAAUGCACCUUCACGCCUGGACAUGUCAUCAUCCGUGAAGGGGAUGAGGGGGAAAAUUUCUACAUCAUCCUGAAGGGAGAGGUGCGGGUAAGCCAGCGUGUGAACGGGCAGGAGAAGCUGCUCCGUGUCCUGGGUGCUGGGGAGCAUUUUGGGGAGCUCUCUCUGCUGCAGAGUAGACCCCGGACAGCCUCGUGCCAGGCCCAGGGACACGUCACCUGCGUCACCGUGGCCAAGGAAGACUUCCUGGAGAUCAGCCCCUUCUGCCCCCAGCAGCUCCCAGACCCGGUCUCUCUGGGUGCCACAGAGUCCCCAUGGCCCAGACUGCCCAGAGGUCCCUGGGGAGCCCUGAGCCCCCCGCAGCCCCCGGCACGGCUGCAACUGGAGGAACUGGUGGCCGUGCGCUACGCAGAGGGACCACGGCAGGGCCAGCGUGUUGUCCUGGGCACCGGCGGCUUUGGCAGGGUCGAGCUGAUGCAGUGCCGGGACCAGCUCUUCGCGAUGAAGCGGAUCCGCAAGGACUGGGUGGUGCGGACGCGGCAGCAGGAGCACGUGUGUGCUGAGCGGCGGGUGCUGGCGGGCAGCCGCAGCCCCUUCCUUGUGGGGUUCUUUGGCACCUUCCGGGACAGGCAGUACGUGUAUCUGCUGCUGGAGUUCUGCCAGGGCGGAGAGCUGUGGACCAAACUGCGCGAGGUGCGCUGCUUUGAGGAGCCUCUGGCUGUGUUCUGCUGUGCCUGCGUGGUUGAAGGCCUCGAGUACCUGCACAGCCAUGGCAUUGUCUACCGCGACCUAAAGCCUGAGAACCUGAUGCUGGACCAGCGUGGCUACAUCAAGCUGGUCGAUUUCGGCUUUGCCAAAGAGCUGGGGCCAGGGGAGAAGACAUACUCCUUCUGUGGGACCCCCGAGUACCUGGCACCCGAGAUGCUGCGCCAUGAGGGCCAUGACUUUGCUGUCGACUUCUGGAUGUUGGGCAUCCUGACGUUUGAGCUGCUCGUGGGCAGGCCCCCGUUCCGCGGCGCCGACCCUCAGCAGACCUACAGCCGCAUUCUGGAUGGCAUUUUCUCCUUCCCUGCCUUCCUCGGCGAGGCUGCCUGCUCUCUUAUCGCCAAACUCUGCAGGCGCCGCCCGGGGCAGCGCUUGGGGAACACGGACAGCGGCUUCCGCGGCAUCAAACAGCACAGGUGGUUCGGGGCCCUGAAGUGGAGGAAGUUGGUGCUGCGGCAGCUGGAGGCACCCACCCUGCGGCUCAUUCGGGAGGGUCCCCCCUACGUCAACUUCAAGCGUUUCUCGGUCGACUGGACGCCGGCGGAGGACGAGUUCUCGGGAUGGGAUGAGGAUUUCUGA